AUGCUAAACCAGUUCUUGCAUCAUUUCAAGUCAGAUAGGGUGAUUGAUGCUUGGGAGGACACAAUUCAGAAAGAGAGCGCCGUCCGUCAUCCUUCGCAGAGAAGGAAGGAUGAGCCUUACAGCAAGUUUCGUGCGAUAUCAACAACGCCUGGGACGUCCGCAGAGCUUCAAACAAAGCUUUUUGAAAGCGACUUGGAGAGAUCAAUGUCCUGGUUUCAGGAACACCCAUCACAGAACACAUUUUCGCUAAAACCAAGACGUGAUGUUGCACCUAGAAUCCACGUUCUUUCGGUCCAUAUGACACUAGGGGAAGACGAAGGAUGCUGCGUCAACAAUACCCACGAUAACGAUAUAACAAAGACAGACACACAGUCGACCGUAACAGCCCUACCGUCUGUACCACCUCCAUAA